GAAAACCCCAUUUGGAGGUCUCGUGUUCGGCGUAUAAAAUCCGUCCCUCGAGUCUCUCUUUUCCUCGCUCUCUCCACAGAGACCCCCAAAAGCAAAAACCAAAUCCUUAACCCCACUGGUAUGGUAUGCAAAACUCUCACUUUCUAUAUUCCUUUCAUUCUCGGCAUUCAAUUUUAUUUGCCAAAAAUCACCCCUCAUGUAUAUUCUUGGUUUUGCUUCUGAUCAUUUUCAUUGCUCAAAUCCUACAAAUCUCUCCCAUUUCUACCUCCUCAUUUUUUGUCUCAGAAAAUAAUAUCAAUUUGUGGGUUUUAUUCGCUCCUCUAGCUUCAUAAGCCCUUCAUUUCUAUGUCUGCUUUGGAUUUGAUAUCUCAUCUCUUAUAUUAAUUGGAUGACAAAGCAUAGGGCCUGAAGGCAAGUUAUGGCAGAAGGCACGGAAGUUGAAGAGCGGGUGGAUCUUGAUGAGGAGAAUUACAUGGAAGAGAUGGACGAUGAUGCUGAAGAACAGAUAGACGAAGAUGUUGAAGAACAAUUAGAUGAUGAUGGAGUAGAUGGAGGUGAGUAUGAAAAUGUUGAAGAGAAUGUUGAGGAAGUACAUGAGGACUCUGUAAUUGAGCCUAGUGGGAAAGACCAAUCACCAGAAGCGGAUAGAAGCCACAUUGCCUCGGAAUCCAUUGAAGAUGAACAAAAGCCGGCUGCUUCUGUUGACAAUGAUGAGAAGGAGAAGCAUGCUGAACUUCUUGCCCUUCCUCCCCAUGGAUCUGAAGUUUUCAUUGGUGGACUUCCCCGUGAUGCCCAGGAAGAAGAUUUGAGGAAUCUUUGUGAGCCAAUAGGCGAAAUUAUUGAGGUAAGACUGAUGAAAGAUAAGGAAACUGGUGAUGCCAAGGGUUAUGCUUUCAUAGCAUUUAAAACAAAAGAGGUUGCACAAAAGGCCAUUGAAGAAAUACAUAACAAAGACUUCAAGGGUAAAAACUUAAGGUGUUCGUUGUCUGAAACUAAGCAUAGAUUAUUCAUUGGUAAUGUUCCUAAGAGCUUAACUGAGGAUGAGUUUAAAAAAUUCAUUGAGGAGGCUGGUCCUGGAGUUGAAAACAUUGAACUUAUAAGGGAUCCUCAAAAUCCAAGCCGAAAUCGUGGUUUUGCUUUUGUGUUAUAUUACAAUAAUGCUUGUGCCGAUUACUCAAGGCAGAAAAUGCUAAGCUCAAAUUUUAAGUUGGAUGGCAAUACCCCAACUGUCACCUGGGCUGAUCCGAAGAGUGCACCUGAUCAUUCAGCUGCUUCUCAGGUUAAGGCUCUUUAUGUCAAAAACAUUCCCGAGAACACUAGCACUGAAAAAAUGAAGGAACUAUUUCAGCGCCAUGGCGAGGUGACAAAAGUGGUCAUGCCACCUGGCAAAGCUGGUGGCAAACGGGACUUUGGUUUCAUCCAUUAUGCUGAAAGAUCAAGUGCGUUGAAGGCUGUUAAAGAUACAGAGAAAUAUGAAAUUGAUGGCCAGUUUUUGGAGGUUGUACUUGCUAAACCUCAGACCGAUAAAAAAUUUGAUGGUGCGUAUCCCUAUAAUGCUGCGCCUCAUCCGAACCAUCUUCCACAUUCUGGUUAUGGUGGUUUUGCCGGUAAUCAAUAUGGGUCAGUAGGGGCUGGAUAUGGUGUCGCCCCUGGCUUCCAGCAGCCAAUGAUAUAUGGUAGGGGUCCAAUGCCAGCAGGAAUGCACAUGGUUCCGAUGGUAUUACCGGAUGGUCGCAUCGGCUAUGUUCUUCAGCAGCCUGGCGUACAGAUACCUCCUCCUCGACCUCGUAGAAUUGAUCGGAACAAUCCUUCAAGUGGACCACCGGCUCGAGCAGGAGGUAGUGGCAGUGAUGAAGGCAAUCGUGGUAGGAGAUACCGACCCUAUUAGUGGUAGAGGACCUGCAAACCGUGUUGUUGUUUUGGGAAUGCAAACAUGUGUUAAAAUGAAACAAAAUAACAUCCCCAACCCUCUGUGGCAUAAAGAAAAAACCAAAGAAAAAGAACGUAGAAUUUAGAAGUGAAAUGUCCUACAAAUGUUGGAACCCAAGUCCUAUUAGGUGAUAAUUAACGGUAUGAGUAUUUAUCUCCAUCUUUUCUGCGUGUAAUAGGAUUUCUUUGCAUUUUUUGUUGAUACUUUUGCCGUCAGAGCUAUAGAGACAUGCUACCAUUAUGCAUC